CGCUGCGGGGCCGGGCGCCCGGUGCUCACCCGCCGGAGCCGGUUUGCGGUAGGCUCGGGCCCACGCCCUAAGGGGUUAAACCUUUCUCAUGUUACCGAGCGGCUUAUAAGGAGGGGGAGGCCAAGCCUCCGCCUUAUUGGGAGCCUUUUGGGGUUUAUUCUCUUCCCUUCUAACUUGAAAGAGGAAAGCCACUGAAAAAGGCUGAGCAGAAAAAUGUCAUGACAGUGCAGCAUUUCAAAGAGAUUAAUCGUACCGGACACACAGAGCCAGUUAGCCUAGUAAAGGAGUCUUGGGUUCCACAAGGAAAAGUCCUAACAGCCUGCUGGGGAGAUGAGACGGAAGGGCAGGGGUGAAGCUAAGGACCGAAGCUGUGAGCUCACACCACUUCCCCCUCCCACUCCCCCAAUUAAGAAUGACCCAAAAGACAUCACAGCUUUGCUCCAGAGCCAAUGUUUAUACUCAAGUGCCUGACGGAGGAUGGGGCUGGGUGGUCGCCGUGUCUUUUUUCUUCGUUGAAGUCUUUACCUAUGGUAUCAUCAAGUCAUUUGGUGUCUUCUUCAAUGACUUAAUGGACAGUUUUAACGAAUCCAAUAGCAGGAUUUCAUGGGUCAUAUCCAUAUGUGUAUUUGUCUUAACAUUCACAGCUCCCCUCUCCACCAUCCUGAGCACUCGUUUUGGGCACCGUCUGGUGGUCGUGGCAGGGGGCCUGCUUGUCAGCACAGGAAUGGUGACGGCCUCCUUUUCCGGGGAGCUGUACCACAUGUACAUUUCGAUUGGCGUCAUAUCCGGUUUGGGAUUCUGCUUUAGCUUUCUACCAACUGUCACCAUUUUAUCCCAGUACUUUGAUAAAAGGCGCUCCAUGGUCACUGCAAUUGCUUCCACGGGAGAAUGUUUCGCCAUGUUCGCCUUCGCCCCAGCCAUCACAGCCCUGAAGGACAACAUUGGCUGGCGAUACAGCCUCCUCUUCGUGGGCCUGCUGCAGCUGAACAUUGUCGUCUGCGGGGCGCUGCUGAGGCCGAUUAUCAUCAAAGGACCGGGGUCCCCCAAAGCAACCGCACACGAACACCGGAAGGAAGUGCAAUGUAUGCUCGAAAACGAGAAAACACGCACCUCAAUAGAUUCCAUUGACUCAGGAGUAGAACUACCUACCUCACCGAAAAAUGUGCCUGGUCACACCAACACGGACCUGGGGCCGAAGGCCGACAUGCAGCCGGCGAGGGCCGGCGCCAAGCAGAGCGACAAGAAAGCUCCUCUGUUGGACUUCUCCAUCUUGAAAGACACGAGUUUCAUUUGUUACGCGUUGUUCGGUCUUUUUGCAACCCUGGGGUUCUUCGCGCCUUCCCUGUACAUCAUUCCCUUGGCCAUCAGUCUAGGCAUCGAACAGGACCGCGCUGCCUUUUUACUGUCCACCAUGGCGAUCGCUGAGGUUUUUGGGAGGAUCGGGGCUGGCUGCGUCUUCAACAGGGAGCCCAUCCGCAAGAUCUACAUUGAGCUCAUCUGCGUGAUCUUACUGACUGUGUCUCUCUUUGCCUUUACUUUCGCUACCGAAUUCUGGGGUCUCAUGUCAUGCAGCAUAUUUUUUGGGUUCAUGGUUGGGACGGUAGGGGGUACCCACAUUCCACUGCUUGCCGAAGACGAUGUCGUGGGAAUCGAGAAGAUGUCGUCUGCCGCCGGAGUCUAUGUCUUCAUUCAGAGUAUAUCGGGACUGGCCGGGCCACCCCUUGCAGGUCUGUUGGUGGACCAGAGUAAGAUUUACAGUAGAGCCUUCUACUCCUGUGCCACGGGCACGUCGGUGGCCGCUGGGUGCCUGGCGCUGGUGAGGCCUUGUCGAAAGGGACUGUGCCAGCACCACCCCGUGGGUGGGGCCCAGGCCGAGAAUCCUCGCGGGAAAGCUUUACAGGACAUCCCCGAAGACUUCCUCGAAAUGGACCUUGGCAGAAAUGAGCAUAAAGUUCACGUGAAAGUGGAGCCUGUGUGAGCUGCUUUCCCGUAACGCCCAGUCGGCCGGGAGGUGGGCAGACGCCGGUGGGGGGGGGGGGGGGGGGGCGGGACGCGGGGCAGUACGGGGGCCUGCCCGCUCGAUGCGCUUUCCAAAUGACACCUUAGAGGGAAUGUGUGUGUGAACACGACCAGCAUCCUUUUCGCUUGUUUCGUAAGCCAAAACGAAAACAGCCCCGCAGUUUCCACACGUGGAUCUGGCUGUCUUUGGUAGCAAAACGGAGAUAGGAAGAAGGACCCUGUGGCUCACAUCCCCAAUUCCGAACGGUGCCGUGGAUGGCCAGAGGGGUUGGGAGAGCUCUCACGUGUGAUGAACAGCAAUCUUCUAAGAUGACAUGAGCCCAGAUCGCUGAAAUGAAAUUGGCGGCUACCAAAAAAAAAAAAA